UUACCUCAAAGCAUUUCCUUGUUCAAGCCUGCACAUGUCCUCCUGCAAGCUACCUGUAUUUCAUUCUCAGAAUUGAAGGCUUCACAUUGUACCAUCACAACACAUCUCCAACACAUGUUAUCCUUAUUGUGUACAUAGGCCUGCGUUUUCAGGGACGUGCAGAACAUUUCUCGAGGACAAUGGACCUGUACUGUGUUUGGUUGAUCAUCUUUGGACUGACUCUGACGUCAACUCUCAGGAUUCUGGAAUGGCCACCCCUGAACUGCACACAACUGGAUCUUCAAUGCAGCGUUCAAAUUAAUAACUGUUCAGACGAGGGCUGGAUUAUACCCAGACACCAGGCGCCUAACGGUCCCCUGUGGCACUCAGGUUCACAGCAGCAUGUGUUUGUGAGGAGAGGGGAGAGUGGUGAUCUGCUACCCGUGAUGUCUCUGAGCUGGAGCCUUCAGAUCAAUGGAGGUGUAAUCAAUGGGACCAGUGGGACCGAGGUGCACGUCACUGAAGAGGACAGUAAUAAAAGCAUAUGUGUCCGAUACAUCUUCCAUAACAAAAUACAAAACAUGAUGAUUAACUGGAAGCCGUGGACAUUUUCCUUGGACAGAGUUGUGGUGGACCCCGAAAACAAGUAUUCUGUUUCCAUCUACAACUUACCAAAACCAGACCUGGGGAAUUACAGACUUGACAAAAUCUUUACAAUCCCAGGAUGCAUGGAUCCAAGAAUAAAAGCAGCCAAGGUGUGUUUGGAAAACGGCAGUCUUUGGGAUCCCCAGUUGUCCUGGACUGUGUCAGUGGAUGGAGGAGAGAGACUGAUCAUCACAGUGGGUUUUAAUACAGCUGAGUUCUCUGACGAAUACCAGAUAUCCAUCCAGAACACUCAACACUCACAGCAUGUCAUGAGGGUAGGUAUCUGUGGUCAACAACACUCACAGCAUGUCAUGAGGGUAGGUAUCUGUGGUCAACAACACUCACAGCAUGUCAUGAGGGUAGGUAUCUGUGGUCAAAAACACUCACAGCAUGUCUUGAGGGUAGGUAUCUGUGGUCAACAACACUCACAGCAUGUCUUGAGGGUAGGUAUCUGUGGUCAACAACACUCACAGCAUGUCAUGAGGGUAGGUAUCUGUGGUCAACAACACUCACAGCAUAUCACGAGGGUAGGUAUCUGUGGUCAACAACACUCACAGCAUGUCACGAGGGUAGGUAUCUGUGGUCAACAACACUCACAGCAUGUCACGAGGGUAGGUAUCUGUGGUCAACAACACUCACAGCAUGUCACGAGGGUAGGUAUCUGUGGUCAACAACACUCACAGCAUGUCACGAGGGUAGGUAUCUGUGGUCAACAACACUCACAACAUGUCACGAGGGUAGGUAUCUGUGGUCAACAACACUCACAACAUGUCACGAGGGUAGGUAUCUGUGGUCAACAACACUCAAUGAUGAAACAUUGGUCAUUGAUUACUGUGUUCCUGGAACUUAUUACUGUGUCAUGAUUUCUUCAAUUCCCUUCAAUUCCUGUUUCAGGAGAAUAGAACAUCAUUGAAUGUGACUUUUGAACUGGAUGUAUGGCAGCUGCCUCCAUGUGAAAUGCUAAUUGUGAUUCAGCCAUUUUUUAUACGGUGCAAGAGCAACUGUUUACAUCACCAGACAAAGUGUAACUACUGCUCCU